AUGUGUGUGUCCAGGUGUCUGCGAAGUGUUGCCGUCUCUCUGGUCGCCUUGGCGAUCAUCUGCAUGCUGUGCAACAUCCUGCUGUUGGUUCCUGAAUUGAAGAUCCACUUCUUGCUGGAGGGUCAUGUGACCAGAGAGGCCACCUGGGUCACGGGCCUGUGGGGGUCCGGUUUAGUGAUUCUGGCGGGUGCUCGAGCCUUUUUGCAGAGCAGUCGGACCAGAGGCUGCUGUGCUUUCAGACGUCAGAUGCUGUGCCAGGUGGUCUACUCCUGUGUGUGUCUGCUAGCGGCUGGUUUCUGCAGUCUGGUCAGUUUCACUGGUCUCUCUCAGGGCCCCCACUGUCUGUAUAACACCACCCCCACCCCUGCCUGGGGGGUCCCACUGCAACCCCAACCAAACCGUCAUGCAGGCUACCUCUACAACAGGACUCUGUGGUCUGGAGUGUGUCUGGAGCCCAGAGGUGUGGUCCAGUGGAACGUAGUUCUGUUCAGUGUGAUGGGGGGGGCCAGUGGGCUACAGAUGGUCCUCUGCGGGGCCAACAUCCUCAACUCAAUGGUGGGACUGAUCCUUGGUCAGAGGGAGUGAUCCUGUGAGGACCAAUCACAAUCUAGGUGUGUGUGUGUGUGUGUGUGUGUGUGUGUGUGUGUUACAGGUCGGUCCAGAAGAUCUUGUGAGGACACUGACUGAUGAAAUCUUUAUUGUAUAAAGUUAUAAAAACGUUUAUUGUGGCAAGACCCUUGUUUUAUUUUCAGUUACAGGCUUUAAAAGAAUUGAAUGAAGAAAAACAACCACCAAUAAGGGUCGCCACCCGUCCCUUAAAAUACGGAAUCGUCCCGUAUCUGAGCAUGAAAUAGCACGUCCCGUUUUGAAUAAAUACGGGUCGGGGUUUGUCCCAUAUUUUCCGAUUUGUCUUCAAUGCAGCAUCACAUGCAAAUAAUCUCACCCGAAUUUGGUGAAGACUCGUCCAAACAGCUCUGCUGUUGUGCCUCUUGAAGCGAGAUCUGCAGGAUUGUGUGUAGUAUUUACAUACCAUCUGAGAUCUUGAGAAUCUCUGCAACUCUGUUUGCUACAAAGAUUCGAAACCUUGAAGUUUCAAGUAUUUCAGUACCAAAGUGCUAUCUGUCCAGAAGAUGGAGUCUUCAAGCAGUAGUUUUAGUUCUUUAAGCCAAAGUUUGUCUAUACGUCUACAACUGCCGCUGUUAAUUCCAUGCGUGGAUUUCUAACAGGUUUUAGAGGGGCAACCCUGGAUUUUCCCAUAAGGAAUGUACUGUAUAUUUCAGAUAUUGAGCUGUAGGUAGGUUACAGUACCGUAACCCCCCUCACUUGCGUCGGCAAUUGAGCAGUAAUUACCUCUCCGAAGCUACAAGGUUUUAGGCAUCUUUUGAUGUUGAAGCCUUCCAACAGAUGUAGCUCCUUCACCCAGUUUAUCCAUUCCUGAGCAACUGGGCUGGUAUGAUGUCAUCCCAUCUCAGCCCCUUCUGGCACAGGUCCUGAAGAAUCCUUUUAGCCUUGAAGACCACCGGAGACAAGAU